AUGUCAAACCCACUAGACACAGACGCCGGCUCGGAGAUGUUCGCCAGCUACGAGAACGAGUUGAAGCUGGUGCAAGCCGAUCUGAACCAGAAGCUGGACCAGAUCGCCGAGGCAAGCGGCGAGCAACGGAAAUCAGCAAUUGGCAUCGCAACUCAAGUCCUUGAAGAAGCCACAGAACUGCUCGACCAAAUGCGCAUGGAAAAGCAGAACAUCCCCUCAGCAGCCCGGUCAAAAGUCAACAUUCGCUUCCGUAACUACUCAACCGACAUCGACGAGAUCAAGCGCAAGCUCAAGUCCCUCUCGGAUGACCGUCAAGCACUCUUCGGCGACCGGUACACCGAUGAGCCGCAGGAUGAGCACCUCGAACAAAGACAGCAGCUGCUUUCCGGUACGGACCGGCUAGAGCGCAGCUCAGCGCGGCUGCAGCAGAGUCAACGCAUGGCGCUGGAGACGGAGGAAAUUGCUCGUGGCACCCUCGGCACCCUGUAUGAGCAGAGGGAGCAGAUCACGAAUGCUCGGAACAACUUGCUGCAGAGUGAGGGUUACGUCGAUACUAGUAUCAAGACUCUGAGGGGCAUGGCCCGUAGGUACUGA